AUGACUACCAGCAAGGAGAUCAUCACCCUCCAGUUGGGCCACUAUUCGAAUUAUAUUGGAACGCAUCUAUGGAAUACUCAGGAAGCAUACUUUUCUGCCACCGAAGAUGGAGGUGCUUCAUCUGAAAUAGAUCACAAUGUCAUGUUUCGAACUCUAGAAACACGUCAUGGAGAAUCUUAUGAACCUAGAGUCGUGAUCUUUGACUUGCAAGGAAGCUUUGGGGCGCUGAAAAAGGGUGGUGAAAUUGGUGAAGCUCACAAUCUUGCUGAUACAUGGACUGGAAACGUCGAAACUUUCAAACAAGAAGAACAUCCACACAACGCAUUCAUCAAAUUCCAAAACGACUAUGCUACAAGUGUGGCCUCUUCAUCAUCCAGCUCACCAUCACAAGGCAAACAACAGCAGCAGCCACAGCACCCAAUACCGCCACCAUCAUUCUCAGACAUUCUAGAAUCAUCAGUCCGUGUAUGGUCGGACUAUUCGAAACUAUCCUAUCAUCCAAAAUCAAUCGUUCAAGUGCCCAACUAUACACAUGAGAAUCCAACUACUCCUUUUGCGCUAUAUGGAGCUGGAAGAGAUGUGUUGAGUGAUGUUGAAUUCAGAGACGAAGUCAUUGAUGAUCGAAUCAGAUCCUUCUUGGAAGACUGCGAUUCAUUGCAAGGCUUCCAAGUCUUGACUGAUGUAAAUAAUGCAUUUGGAGGACUGACUACGAGUAUUAUGGAAGCGUUACUGGAUGAUAUGCCAAAAACGACAUUCAUGACUUUUGGAGUUUCAGAGACAAAGGAUCCUGUUGUUGGAAAUCUGCAGGAUUAUCAAAAACGGAUGUUUGAGAAUGUGAAUCAGAUACAAUGUUUACGGUACUUGAAAGAUACCUCAUCUAUUUAUAUACCUGUUUCGUCACCAUUGCAAUCUGAAUUGGAUCCGAAUGGAUGGUCAAGGUACUUGAAUCCUAAGUUCAAUCUACGAUAUCAUUCAAGUGCAUACCUGGCAUCUCUCAUUGAGACUGCAACACUUCCAUUCCGGACAUUUACGAAUCCAUUAUACAUCUAUGAGGCCGCACCAAUGGUGUCUUCAAACCAAUCAACCAAGAUCGCUGCCAUUUGUGGUUCUCUACCACUUCGUCAAAUCCACGAUGAUGCUACACUUCGAAAACUUUUGUCAUAUAAUCCCAUGCCAGGAUUCAAGUUUAAUUGGUUUAGAGAUGUGACGUUACGUGUUGGAUAUGAACAAGUCGAGCAUGAGAAUGGAUCGUAUACUGUUUUGCGGGGUGUUGGGUGUGAUUUGCAAGGGCAAGCUCGUAGCAAGAUACCAAGUAUGCUACACCAACAAGAAGCAUUAAAUGAUUUCGCAGCUUCGUUUCCUACAUUUGCCGGUCAGUCACGAAGCAUUGUGGUGAAUGAAGGACUACCGAUAUCAGAUGCCUUCCCACAACUAUUUGGAAGUGAUCAUAUAGCGAAACAAGAAUCGAUGCUAGUGCGUAUCCGAACACCAGCUCGAAUCAAGGAAACAUUACAAGAAGUAAUCCAACAAUUAAAGACACUUCCUAAACGAGUGGCCAUGCCUUUAGAGCGCAUUACGAGUGGAAGUAGUAUGGAGGACAUGAUGGAGAUACGAGAGGAUUUGGAGCAGACCAUGCUUGUAUAUAACGAAAUCGAAUGA